UGCUACUCACUCUGACAGCAAACGCAAGGCAUCACAUUAGGUUGGUGUAUGUAUUCAAUCACUGUGCUUUCUCUGUGAGUGUCACGUAGCUGAGAGACAGGGUUGUUGCUCUUCGUGACUUCACGGUUGAUGUUUCGAGUUGUUGGGCCUCGGCACUGAUGUACGUCUCCAGAUAGCAACAGAGUUUGACCCAAAAUGGCGGUGGGUUUCACUCUGUUCCUUCUGUCUGGGAUGCUGAUGUGUGGGCUGCUGCUCCACAAAGUGACCCAGCAUGGAGGCAGUAAGAAGCCCAACUUCAUCGUCAUACUGGCAGAUGAUAUAGGCUGGGGGGACCUGGAUGCUAACCAGCCGGAUGAGAAGAGAAACAACACGCCUCACCUCAACCUGAUGGCCGAGCAAGGACAGAGAUUGACAGAUUUCCAUUCUCCGGCCUCCACCUGCUCUCCGUCCCGUGCUGCCAUCCUGACCGGACGCUACGGCCUGAGAAACGGAGUGACUCAUAAUUUCGCUGUGAGCUCAUUGGCCGGCCUGCCUCUCUCUGAAGUCACUCUGCCACAGCUCCUACAGAAAGAGGGAUACUACACCGCCAUGAUCGGGAAGUGGCAUCUCGGCCACAAUGGACCAUACGCUCCAACUAACAGAGGUUUUGACUACUACCUGGGCAUUCCCUACAGUAAUGACAUGGGCUGUACUGACAUACCUGGAUAUAAUCUGCCUCAGUGUCCUCCCUGUGAGUCUCCUGAACCUCACGUCACCAGACUGAAGAGGAGUGCACGUGGAGGCUGUUACUCCAAAGUGGGCCUUCCUCUGAUUGAAAACAGCAGCAUUGUGCAGCAGCCACUGGACCUGUGGACUUUAACAGAGCAAUACAAAUCUGCUGCUACCAGGAUUAUACGCAGUGCAAGGGAGCGAGGGCAGCCCUACCUCCUCUACCUAGCGUUGGCUCACAUGCACGUGCCCCUCGCCCCCCCUCUCCACUCAGAUGAGGGCAGAGUUUACGCUGCCAGCCUGCAGGAGAUGGACCGCCUGGUGGGGGCGGUGAAGAGCGCCUCCGACCACACGGACAGAGACAACACACUCAUCUGGUUCACUGGUGACAACGGUCCAUGGGAACAGAAGUGCCAGUAUGCAGGAAGUGUUGGACCCUUUAUGGGAAAAUGGCAGACCAGCAGAGGUGGAGGCUCGGCUAAGCGGACCACCUGGGAGGGGGGUCACAGAGUGCCGACUGUGGCCUAUUGGCCCGGAAGGAUCCCUGCAAAUACCAGCAGCUCCGCCCUGCUCAGCGGUAUGGAUGUCUUCCCCACCCUUCUGUCCCUGGCAGGAGUCACUCCCCCCUCAGACCGACGUUACGACGGCAUCGACGCCACUGAUGUCCUGCUGCACGGGGAACAGACUGGUCAUGAGUUUCUCUUCCACCCUAACAGUGGAGCAGCGGGGGAGUUUGGUGACCUGCAGACUGUUCGAUCAGGGAAGCACAAAGCUUUCUACAUCACAGGUGCAGCUGAGGCGUGUGGGGGGGCCACAGGACGAGAGCAGCUCCACGACCCGCCCCUGAUAUUUGAUCUUGAGGUUGACGGGUCUGAGGAAACGCCUCUGGAUACAGAAACACUGGAGUACCAGGCGGUGGCGCAGAGGAUGGCCCGCAGGAGGGAGGAGCUUCUGUGGGACAUCGCCAACGACAAGUCAGUGUCCGCAGCCGACUACAGCACCGACGCAUCAGCAGCACCCUGCUGUGACCCUGAACACACCGUCUGCCGCUGUGACCCUGAACACACCGCCUGCCACUGUGACCCUGAACACACCGUCUGCCACACACUCAGCUGAGGGGGGAGAGUUUUAUCUGACACAGGAUUUAAAUCUUAAAGAGGCCCUAGUUAGCUUUUUUGGGGUUUUCCCUUUCCUGUAGUGUGUUAUAUAGGUUUGUGUGCAUGUUAACGGUCUGCAAAGUCUGAAAUAAGUCCAUCAAGAGGGAGUUUCUCUCCCACACACUUCCCCCCCACCUGAAAACGCCUCCAUUGGACUCAUUUGUUUAUUUCCAGGACAUGCUGACGUCACUAUGUAACACUGUGCUUCUAUUGGCUAGUGCUCCAACACAUCGUACAUGAUAGGCUAAGGGGCGGGACAUCUCAAAGCAGUUGACUUAUCAAAACAGCGCCAGCCAGCGAACCAAUCAGAGCAAACUGGGCUCUGGUUUCAGACGGAGGGUGAAAAGAGGAGCUGCAUGCACAGGCAGGAUGAGAAAAAUAAAGAGCUUUUUGAACAUGUCACAGUAGAGACACUAAAUACAAAUAUGAACCUGCAUUUUAGCCUUUGCAGACCAUUUACAUGCACAAAAACCUAUAUCACAACAGGAAAGGGGAAACUCAAAAAAGCAUAAUAGUUGAGUUUGGGGAAACCACUCACCACACAAUAGGCUUAAAGAGAAGCACACAGACAUGUGAUCAGCUGUUUGUUUGCAGAAGUGUUUUUUUAGGAGGUUCGAUGUCCACAUGCAAGAGGACAUGUUCAAACAAGCAGAGCAAAGAUCAGGCCGUUUCUCAAUGUCGAGUAAACCUAAGUAUAGGUCAAGUAUACUACGUCAUCGAGUGGUGCCGAAGGACUGUUUAAAUGCAUGUUAAAUGCCCAGCAUUCGGCGCCACUCGAUGACGUAGUAUACUUGAAAUAGUGGCUCUGCAGCAGGUGUACUCGACAUUGAGAAACGGCCACAGUUUAUCAUGCGGUCAAUAACUUGGGAA